AAAAACGUCUCGUAUUAAAUGUCUCGAGAGCGGCCGGUUGCUGCGACUCACUCUGAGACAACAGCGCGCGACGCCGGCGUAGCGUUAAAACUAUAGCAGUUAUCACUGUUAUCGAUUAUUGAUUGAACGAGGAUAUAUUUUUCACACACGGAGGGGGAAAAAAAAUAAAGCACUGUGAAGAUUUAACCUUCGCUCACCGGAACAUUUGGAUUUUACUCGCUUUUCACAUCAGUCCCGUUAAGUUUAUUCCUGGAGUCGUAACGGCAGCCAUAAUGGUGUUAACCAUGUCCAGCAACUAUGAUUAUGACUAUGACACGGUUCAGCCGUUAUUCUUCCUGGAUGGCGAGGAGGAGGACUUCUACCUGCCUCCACGCAGCCAGCUCCUCCCAGGCCCCGGCGAGGACAUCUGGAAGAAGUUCGAGCUGCUGCCGACGCCUCCUCUGUCCCCCAGCCGGAGACCCUCCGUGUCCGAAGUCCCGCUGUCUGCCGCCGAACACCUGGAGGCGGUGUCUGACCUGCUGGACGAGGACUGCAACCCCUCCGCGGCCUUCCUCCAGUCCUUCAUCAUCCAGGACUGCAUGUGGAGCAGCAGCUUCUCGGCCGCCACCAAGCUGGAGAAGGUGGUGUCAGAGAGGCUGGCCUCGCUCCGGGCCCGUCGGGACUCCACCACAGCCAGCAACACUGAUCAGCAGGGGGGCAGCUCUCAGGUGAACGCAGGGUACCUGCAGGACCUCCACACAGCAGCGACGGACUGUAUCGACCCCUCUGUGGUGUUUCCGUACACCACGCUGAGCGAGAAGAGCGGCGAUGGAGCGGCGGUGGCGUCAGACCUGUGUCUGGACUCGCCUCCUCUCAGCAGCAGUGACAGUGAAUCAGCAGAAGAAGAAGAAGAAAAGGAAGAAGGUGAGGAGGAGGAUGAAGAGAUCGACGUGGUGACGGUGGACAGGCGAAAGGUUUCACGGCGGUCAGACGGCGGCGGCAGACCUGACGCCACCUCGCUGAUCCUGAAACGCUCUCACAUCAACAUCCAUCAGCACAACUACGCCGCCCAGCAGCCCGCUGGGAAACGGAUAAAGUCGGGGAGCAGCUGCCCGGCGGCGCCGAGGCAGAGCGGCGGCCGCAGGUGCUGGAGUCCGCGGUCCGACGGCGAGGACGACGACAAACGCAGGACUCACAACGUGCUGGAGAGGCAGCGCAGGAACGAGCUGAAGAUGAGCUUCCUCACUCUGAGGGACGAAGUCCCGGCGGUGGCAAACAACGACAAAGCGGCCAAGGUGGUGAUCCUGAAAAAGGCGACGGAGUUCAUCAUGGAGAUCAGAGAGGACGAGAGGAGGCUGCUGACGACGAAGGACGAGCUGAGGAAGAGGAGCAGAGAGCUCAAACACAGACUGGAGCAGCUGAGGACUUUACAUUAACUGUUUAAUUUGCUAGUGUUCAUGUUAGUUUGUUUUAUAUUCGUUAUGUCACGUUUCAUGUUGGACAUCCGGGCUGCAACUAAGAUCUUUUAAGAAUAAUUAUUAAUUAUUUAGUGUAUUAAGUAUCAAAUAAUGACUAAUGUAAACCACAUGGGGAACUACAAGGACCAUAAUUGACUGUCUGGGGUGUUGGCGGCUGGUCUGUAAUCAGUCAAACUGUCUGUUUUUUAUAUUUAUUUUAUUUUUGACAGCUCAUGCACAUUUUAAUUUAAAAUAGCUGUUUUUUCUUUAAGUUUUGGAAUAAAAUCCAGAUGUCUGAUUAGGAAAAAUACCUUUUUAUUAAAGUCAGUAUCUGACUGAUAAUGAUCAAAAUAAAAGCCCUCCAUACAUUGGAGUUCCUGUCAAUGUUA